AGGACGAGUCAUGGGAGAAUUCAGAGAGUCUGGAGCCCCUGUCGGUCGGCCAAACCACCAACGCCAGCAUGAGCAGCAGCAGCAGCCUCACAGGCCACAAGCCGGCAGGCGCAACGGGGCGAUCUGAGCCGUCCAUUGUGCACGAGAUCCACGGCGCGCCGCCGAGUGGGUUUGUGGCUCAGCUAGCAGAGACCAUGGCGGGGAUCUCCUCGGAUGCCAAAAUGGCGGGAUUCUGGAUGCAGAUCGUCAUGGAGCUGCGGCGGCGGUGGGCAGCGAGGCGGUUCAUCCCACGCGUCCCUCAGGACAGCGACCCGGACCUGCACACGUGCCUGCUGCACCAGCACCUGCACCUCCUCAACUGCUGCACUACUCGCCGCCUGCGCCGCUCGCACCAACUCGCACACGGAAGCCCCUCCGGCGCUGCUCCUGCUGGGAGUGUUUAUGGGAAGGCUUCUCAGAGUGGAUAUGCGGGUGGGAGUGCGUUUGAGAGUGUUGCUGAGGGCUGUGAAGGGAGGGAAGCGAGUGAGGGUCCUGUCGAAAGGGGUGCGAGAGGCGAGGAGGGAGAGAGUGGGUUGAGGGAAGUGGAAGGGGGAGCAGCGGGGUUGUGCAUGGUGGGAGGGGUGAGGAGGAGAGGGGUGCUGCGUCGGGUGCCGGGGCUGGACCUUCUAGACACGGGGGAGCCUCUCUGUGCUCCCAUCACCCAGGAGGGGCCAUUGCUGACAGAAGUCACCCUGAGAGAGCAAGAGGAGCUCAUUAUGAGGACCGGCAGUGUGGGCACGGGCUGUCAUCAGCUCUUCUCAGACAUGCAGGCUUUCAAGGCAGCAAACCCUGGGUGCAUCUUGGAGGAUUUUGUGCGAUGGUACUCCCCGCCCGACUGGAGCAUGCUGCCACCCACGCCGCCCGACAGGGAGGCCUGCGGUGUGGGCGGCGGGAGUGCAAGUGAAGGGGAGACGCGAGGAGGGGGAGGGGAGGAGAGAGAUAAGGGCGAUGGAGGGAAGGGAGGAGCAGGAGCAGCAGCAGGGAGUAGAGUGGCGGAGGAGAGGCGGAAGCAUGGGUAUCUGAGCGUGAGGAUGACAACGCAAGGCAAUCUGUGGCAGGAGCUAUGGAACGCGGCGCGGCCCAUCCCUGCUAUUCUGCAGCCACCACUCUUUGACGAGGAGCUCGCAGGGGAGAGCACACUGGAUGCAUUGGAGAGCAUUGCCCCCUCGGACCUCUUUGAACAGCUUUUCAUUGCUGCGCUGUCAGCGGGGUUCGGCCUGGCACAAACGGCCCUAGCUGGGUCGAGACGCGAGGCGGUGUGUUUUAACGUGCAAGAGUGUGCGUCGUACGUGGCUGCCACAUGCACGCGAGGCAUGAGCUCUGCUAAGAUCGAGCGCCUCUGCCAGUCUAUCCUCGCGUACAACGAUCCCUCCUCCCCCUCGCCUUCCCCCGGUUCCACCACCUCAUCUGACGUCACCACACCAGAAGCCCAUCCCCACACGGCGGGAAUGUCUGCCAGUGCAGGUGCAAGCAGUGGCGGCGAUCCUGAUGGGGACAGCUUUACCACGCCUCCCCGCCCCCUGUCCCUGCUCUUCUCCCAGUCUCCUGCUAAGGCUGGAUCCGCACAGACAAUGGACGUGUUCGAGAUCGAGUCUGAGGCCUCUAAGGCGCGCGACGCAGCCGCCGCCGCGUCCGCUGCAUCGGCGGAAGCCGCCGCGGCGGUGGAGCGCGUGGAGGUGGUGGAGGCGGGCGACGCGACGCCGGCUGCCGGACUGCACGACCACUUCAAGCCGCUGAAGCAACUGCCGGCGCAGCAGCGCCAACAGGAGCUGCGCAAGGACAUCCACUUCGUGGAGCACACAUGGCCGGUGCAUCAACUCUGCCUGCACUUCCGCACCAACGCCACCAAGGGCUUAACGGACACGCAGGUGCAGCGGAACCGCACGCGGUACGGCGAGAACAAGCUGACGCCGGGGUACGUGACGCCGUGGUGGCUCAAGUACCUUCACCAGUACACCAACUUCUUCUCGCUGCUGCUCAUCGCCGCCGCCGCGCUCUGCUUCAUCGCCUACGUCAUCGACGAGAAUGACGUCAAGGAAAACCUAUACCUGGGGAUAGUGCUGCUGGUGGUGGUGGUGGUAACAGCGACGUUCACGUUCAUGCAGGAGCACAAGAGCGCGCACAUCAUGGAGGGCUUCCGCGCGCUCAUCCCCGCCAACUGCCACGUCAUCCGCAACGGCGAGUCCAUGAUGAUCGACGCGACGGCGCUCGUGCCCGGGGAUCUCGUGGAGCUGAACGACGGGGAUAAGGUCCCCGCGGAUAUCCGCAUCAUCUCCGCCAGCGACCUCACUGUGGACAACAGUGCGCUGACGGGCGAGAGCGAGGCGGUGGAGCGGGGUCCGCGGCUGGAGAAGGACGAGACGGGCGAGCAGAUCUGGCAGCCGCUGGAGGCCGCCAACAUUGCCUUCUACGGCACCAUCGUGUGCAGCGGCACUGCCAGGGGGAUCGUGAUCGGCACCGGGGAUAACACCGCCAUGGGACAGAUCGCAGGUCUGGCUGUCCUGACAGAAAACAACGAAACCCCUCUUUCCAUCGAGCUCGCACAAUUUGUGAAGAUGAUCGGGCUGCUGGCAGUGGUCAUGGGGCUCAUCUUCUUCGCCAUCGGCCUCUCCCUCGGCGACCCCUUCAUUCAGACCGUUGUCUUUGGCAUCGGCGUCAUCGUUGCUAAUGUGCCCGAGGGGCUGCUGGCGGCUGUGACGGUGUCGCUGGCGCUCGCGGCGAAACGUAUGCACCGGAGGAACGUGCUGGUGAAGAACCUGCAGAGCGUGGAAACGCUCGGGUCGUGUACGACGAUUGCUUCGGAUAAGACGGGCACGCUCACGCAGAACCGCAUGACUGUUCAGCACUGCUGGUACGACCUGCGGGUGUUUGAGUGCCCAGCGGUGCACAACCGGGUGGAGUGGGAGGCGUUCAUGAAGAGCCCUGCGGCAUCGCUCGCGUACGAGCCACAGUCCAUCACCUUCCAGAAGCUGCAGCUCAUCUGCACGCUCUGCAACAACGCCAACUUCCUCUCCACACAGGGCGAGGACAUGGCGAUAGAGAUGAGGAGGCCGGACUUUGACCUGCUGAGCGCACCGUGCAGCGGGGAUGCGUCGGAGCAGGGCCUGCUCAAGUUCGUGGAGCCUCUGCGGUCCGCGCGCGAGGUGCGCGACCUCUACGCCAAGCUGUUCGAGAUCAAGUUCUCCUCCGCCAACAAGUGGCAGCUCUCCAUCCACGUGCAAUCCGCGCAGGGCCGCCUUCCCCCAGUUCUAGUGAUGAAGGGCGCACCGGAGCGCGUGCUGGCGCGGUGUGCGUACAUAAUGGUGAACGGGCAGGUGUUUGACCUCAACAGCGAGAGCCGCAAGUACUUCCAGGACGCUGUGGAGCAGCUGGGGGGGUACGGCGAGCGCGUGCUCGGCAUGGCCUACCGUGACCUCGAUGGCUUCGCCAAUGACUUCAUGUUCACGAACAAGCCCGAGCCCAACUUCCCGACGGAGGGGCUGACGUUUGUGGGCAUGGUGGGCAUGCUGGACCCCCCGCGCGAGGGCGUGCCCGAGGCCGUGGCGCAGUGCCGCCGCGCCAAGGUGCGCGUCAUCAUGGUCACGGGCGACCACCCCAUCACCGCCAAGGCCAUCGCUCUCAAGGUGGGCAUUAUGGACCAGGCGAAGGUGGACGAUGGCACGGCAUGUGUGGUGACGGGUGAGGACAUCCGCCAGUGGGGCGACCUCACCCCCCGUGACGAGCAGCUCAAGUGGGACGAGGCGCUCUCGCACGAGCAGCUGGUGUUUGCGCGUGUGUCCCCGGCGCACAAGCUGCUGAUAGUGGAGCACUGCCAGCGGCGGGGGGAGAUUGUUGCCGUCACGGGGGACGGAGUCAACGACGCACCUGCACUCAAAAAGGGCGACAUAGGCAUCGCCAUGGGCAUUGCUGGCAAGGACGUGUCCAAGGAGGCAGCGGACAUGAUCCUGAUGGACGACAACUUUGCGUCCAUAGUGAACGGCGUGGAGGAGGGGCGGCUCAUCUUUGACAACCUCAAGAAGACCAUCUGCUACGCGCUCACCGUCAACAUCCCUGAGCUCGUGCCCUACCUCGUCAAUGUUCUCGGGGGUGUGCCGCUGGCUUUGUCGACUGUGCUCAUGCUCGCCAUCUGCCUCGGGACCGAUAUGCUGCCCGCUAUCUCGCUCGCAUAUGAAGAGAAGGAGUCGGACAUAAUGGAGCGGCCACCGCGCAAUGCGCGCAGGGACCACCUGGUGAGCUGGAAGCUGAUCAGCCACGCGUACCUGCAGAUCGGCGUCGUGCAGACACUCGCCGGCUUCCUCGCCUACCUCGCUGUCUUCAAUGACUAUGGCUAUCCGCCGCAUGUGCUGCCGUCCAUAGGCUCAGACUUCGCCACCUCCUCCAUCAUCUGCUCACUCAACAGCGACCUCGAGCCCGACCGCUGCGGGUACGGCUGCGCCUCGCCAGACUACACAGCCAUCCCCACGCCCGCCAACUCGCCCUCCUCCGUGCCCUACUGCCUCUACGGCUGCCCGGCCCCCGCGCCCGGGACUGUUGUGGCGGACCCGUUUAGUGAGUUCAGCCUGGGCGGGUUCCGCGGGCAGCAGUUCUGCAACCUCACGUGCUACUCGCCGGCCUCGCAGUUUGUGGGCGGGACCAUGCCCUCGCAGUGCGCUGCUAAGGAUACCGCCCUGUAUGGCUUCCCCAACCGAAAGUCCCUGGACCCUCCGGCAGGGCCAGCAGGGGGCGUUGUACUGGUGGGGCGGGCGGGCCAUGUCCCAGGCGAACCCGAGUACCAGCGGCAGGUGCUGCUGUAUGCGCAGUCGGCCUACUUUGUUGCCAUCAUCGUCACCCAGUGGGCCAACCUCAUCGUCUGCAAGACCCGCCGCCUCUCCGUCUUCCAACAGGGCAUGUGGAACUGGGUGCUCAACUUCUCGCUGCUGUUUGAGACGGGCAUAGCAGCGGCGCUGCUGUACGUGCCGUUCCUGCAGGAGGUGUUUUCAGUGCGCCCCAUCAGCAUCGUGUACUGGUUCAUCGGCAUCCCCUUUGCCCUCACCAUCCUCUUCCUCGGGGAGAUCCGCAAGCUCUUCAUCCGCAGGUUCCCAGGUGGAUGGAUGGACCGCUGGACUGCCUGCGGGGCUGCGUCGUUCCCUGUGCGGCGUGGUGGUGGUGUCCGUCGUGCUCCUGCUGCUGCUCCCUUCCGUGCGUCGCGCGACGACUUCCUUCAAGAGCACUCCGUCUUUCGCGCGCGGCGAGUUCCAGUCCUGCAGCGGAUGACAGCUCAACCGCCUCCCGGAGGUCCGCCGCUUCUUCGAGGUGUGCCCCGCCCCGCUGCUCUGCGCGCGCGCCGUCUUUGCUCCGCUCCUCUGCUCGCGCGCCCCCGUGCUGCUCGCGCGCCUGCUUCGUUCUCCCACUCCGCUUCUCACAUGCUCGUGUCUUUGAGCCGCCCUUCCGGGUGGCUGGUUGUCCAGUUAGAAUCCCUAGGAUCUCUGGAAGCCCUAGAAGAGCGUGUGGAGGCCAACGCGUACGAGUCGCUGACCAUCAACUACAUACACGGCAAGGUGCCGGAUUUGGUGCUCUUCGACUCGGCCGACAGGGAGGUGGCUCGCUACGAUGUCUCGCCCAAAACGUUUGAUGAGAUAGAAAAGCUUGUGCAAUCUUUGGGUUUUAAGCGCGGUAAGGUAGUGCCGCCACUGGAAGAGGACAAUGAUGUUGCCAUCAAGUAA